AUGGCGACGAUGCAAAAGAAUGCUGCUCCAACUUGGCACAACAACGAGAACAACACGGUGACACCAAUGGACACCACCGAGCCAUCAGCUACCACGGUUCCCCCUCAGAAUCCCGGUGAAAUUGGGGUGAUACGUUUGCUAUCGGAGAGACUACAACAGCCGUCUGGGAGUGGACCAGAAGCUCGAGCCGCAGAUGAACAACAGCAUCAUCCGCCUCGGCCGCUUCAACACUUCCCGCUCAUCCCAACUCCGAUACCACAAGCUACAUCUCUACUACAAACGCAGAUUACUCAAUUGUCUCAAUUAUCUCAACUCACACAACUAGCACAAUUACCACAGUUAGCCACACAACUCGCUGCACAACCACCGCCUCCUCUUGAUCCAUCGUUGUUCGCUCCGCCGGCCGGAUUCACGUGGCCACCGAUUGAUCCGAGUACGAUAGCUGCGUUGGCACAGGCUCAGCUAGCCUCGUCGCACGCGCAGUUCGUUUCGUUGGCUCUCACACUUGAUCCGACACUUUUAUCACACUUUUUGGCUACGCAACAGAUUCCACCCGUUCCGCAGCAGCCAUUAGUGCACAAAAGAGCGGAAAUGGAACUGCGAGUUGGCAAUCGUUUCCGCCUUGGACGCAAGAUUGGUAGCGGCUCCUUCGGCGACAUCUACUUGGGUCAGAACAUUCAAACCAACGAAGAAGUGGCCGUGAAAUUGGAAUGUGUGAAAUCAAAGCAUCCCCAAUUGCACAUUGAAUCCCGUCUCUACCGGAUAAUGCUUGGCGGAAUCGGAAUCCCCGAAAUUCGUUGGUGUGGUCUUGAAGGUGACUACAAUGUGAUGGUCAUGGAAUUGUUGGGUCCAUCGCUUGAGGAUCUGUUCAACUUUUGUCAAAGGAAAUUUUCAUUGAAAACGGUUUUAUUACUGGCUGAUCAAAUGUUGUCGCGUGUGGAAUUUAUUCAUUUGCGAGACUACAUUCAUCGUGAUAUUAAGCCGGAUAAUUUUUUGAUGGGUCUUGGCAAACGAGGAAAUCUGGUUUAUAUUAUUGACUUCGGGUUAGCAAAACGUUAUCGUGAUAGCAAAGCUCAACAUAUCGGUUAUCGAGAGAAUAAGAACUUAACUGGAACUGCCAGAUAUGCUAGUAUCAACACGCAUCGUGGAAUCGAACAAUCACGGAGAGACGACAUUGAGUCUCUUGGCUACGUGUUCAUGUAUUUCAAUCGGGGGACACUACCUUGGCAAGGAUUGAAAGCUGUCACAAAACGUCAAAAGUACGAGUUAAUAUCGGAAAAGAAGUGCUCGACGCGAGUAGAAGAUCUAUGCGCCGGAUAUCCAGACGCUUUCGUUCAAUAUCUAAGCUAUUGCCGAGGACUUGGAUUCGAGGAGCAGCCGGAUUACGGUUACCUGAGGAGCUUAUUCCGGACACUAUUCCAUCGUCAAGGCUUUUGCUAUGAUUAUGUGUUUGAUUGGAAUACUUACAAUUGA